AUGGAGCCAGCGGGGGUUCCGGUGGCUCUACCUGAGGACAGGUUUAAUGGCAGUCCUGCUGCUUUAGGCAAGCUAAGGCGCACGCGGUGGUGCGGCGUCACCUGCAUCUGGAGCCCCGAUGCGGCAGUGUACUGUGUCCCAACACUCAUCACGCUCACCCUCGUUUUUGGUGUCGUCUUCACUCUGUGGGACGAGCUUGGCCUUGUCGAACUGUGUGUGCUGUUCGCGCUGCUCUCUGUCGCCUUCACGAGUUCGCUACUCGUCGUUUCAACAGACCCAGGCGUGUACCCGCGGUUGCGUCCGGCGGAGGUGGAUCCGUUUCACAACGACAGGAGCCUCGUGUACUGCCGCGUGUGUGCACUGCGGCGGCCCCCGCGGACUUCGCACUGCUACCAGUGCAAUGUGUGCGUGUGGGAGCAUGACCACCACUGCGGUAUCAUUGGUGGGUGUGUUGGGCAACGGAGUCUUCGCUGGUUCACGCUGUACCUCUUGACAACAAGCGGUGCGUCCUCGAUGGGUGUGUUCUGGGUCUGUCGCUCACUAUUCACAGGUGCCUUCGCAGUGGCAAGUCGAAGGCAAUUCGCCAACGGCAUUCCUCGUAAUCGUUCAGCGUCAGUAUUGGCAAUGCAGAACGAACGCGACGACGACGCCGUGAAACCCCUCGUUGUUGUGACACUAUUAGUCUUGUUGCUGCUCGUUGUGUUCUUGGUGGGGAGCCUUGCUAUUUUCUACGUGUACCUGGUGCUCACCUCGACUACCCGCCGUGAAUCACAGCGCAUGGAAUCGAAGCCAAGCACAUUGCUGCAGCCCAAAAUAAUGUGGGACAAUCUGAUGCAUGUAUUUCAUCCGCCGCGUUCGAUGCUGAUUGCCCGCAACGAUGAGAUCAGCCCUUUGGUGUGA